GCUGGAACUAAUCAAACUUCGCCAUCACCGCUUGCAGUUGCAACGGGUGCGCUUCCAAUAACAUUAAACGGUCGAAAUUUAGCACCACUACAAUACUGGCAAUUCAAUACCGUUAAAUAUGGACUUCUAGCGGAAAUAGCUACCGAAUUACUGACAAUUCCUUCUUCCACUGUUUCGCUGGAACGAAUUUUUGCAACCUCUUCACCAGAUGCACCAAAUGGAAAUGGUGCUGAUAUAAAUAAUAGCGGUAGCACAAGUUGUGUUACCUUUGACCCUAUCACACUGAUCAAAACAAUCGAUGAACCUGCACGAAUGGAACGUGAUGCAAUGCUUCGUUUCAAUCGACCAUUAAUACCCCGAUUCUAA